AUGAAGCGCGUUCUGGUAGGAUAUGGGAUCGACCUGGACGCCAUCAGCGGCUGGAUCAAUACCAGAAAUGGAUCGCCCGCAUCGCCGACAGAUGUCUCGCGCGGAGUCUUCGGGGCGACUUGUGGCACGGAUCGUCUCCUGCGGUUGUGGGACAAGUAUAAUAUCAGGACCACCUGGUUCGUUCCGGCACAUACGGCUGUGUCGUUUCCUGAGGCGGUGCGAAAGGUCAGAGACGCUGGACAUGAAAUAGCGCUCCACGGAUGGACGCACGAGUAUGUGACGACGCUCGGGGAGGACCAGCAACGCGAAGUGCUUCGAGAGUCGAUCAAAGUCCUGACGCAAUUAUGCGGCAGGAAGCCAAAGGGAUGGACGGCGCCGGGCUUCGAAGCUUCGCGUCAAACAGUGCAGCUUCUGGAGGAGUUUGGGCUCGAUUACGACCACAGCUUCAUGUACCACGACGCUCUCCCAUACUGGCUGCCGUACACGCCGACCUGGAAGGAGACCACCAUGAUGGCGGCCGACAGAGAUGGGGAUGGAGACCCGGUCACACCGUCAACUUGGAUGGAAGGCAUGUCGGAGUUGAAGCCGAGUUCAAUCGUCGAGAUCCCCGCCAACUGGCACCUGGAUGACUGGCCACCGUUCCAACUGAACCUCAAGCAAGCCAGUACCCAUGGGUUCGUCGACCCCUACGUGGUGGAGCGCAUGUGGAAGGACCAGUUCGACUACUACUACCGUGAGUAUGACCAGUUCAUCUUCCCCAUCUCGAUCCACCCGCAGGUCAGCGGCAAGGCGCACAUCAUGCUCAUGCAUGAGAGGUUGAUCAACUACAUCAACGGUCACAGCGGCGUCGAGUGGUGCACCAUGGCCGAGAUGAACCGGGAAUUCCGAGAGGGUCGUUUGGCAGGGACAACGGUCUGUGGCGGUGUGCCAGUGACUGAAGCGCCUGGUAUCAUGGCUUGA